UAAAGCAACUUUCAAAGGGGAAAAAGCUCAGAAUGUAGAAAAGAAGUAUCAAACUAAUGUUUAUUAGCCAAACAAAUGACUUUGGAAGUGUUAUUUGGAAAAUAGAGCAGCAUAUUUGUCAAAGCAAAAAAGUGACAAAUUUUACCCCACCCCUCCCUCCCAAAUAUUCGAUGUUGAAACAUUUUGAUGUAAUUCAAAAACUAGUCCCAAGCAAAGACCAUUUUAACAACAAAAAGCACUAUAAGUGUAAAAACGCGAUCUUAAAACAAAAAAAUCACCAUUUUUUAAAAUUUUCCAAAACCUAUGUGUCAGAAACUGGUUGCCAUGGCAACAUGAUUAGUCACAUGGACAUGGUAAUUAUACCAAAAUGUUCCUAGAUAAAUUUUAGGAAAAGUCAGAAAAUUUGAACGUCAUAGCUCUUUCGGUGUAGGAGUUAUCACGAUUUUGCCGGAGGGGGGGUUCGAAAAGCCCCCCCCCCCAGUCUGAAUAGGGUUAAAGGUGAAUAUUUUAAUUAUGAGCCAGUUUUAGUAUUUUUCUAACGUGCUCGCGUCGCGUCAGAAGUGGCCAGAUAAUUCUCGAAUUUUGAUAUGUAUAUUAAUGAUUCUCGCUCGCAACCGCGACUGAAUGACUGAAACUUAUUUUGGAGCUUUGAUUUGGCGAUACGAGCAAAUUUUCUAACUAUGGUGUUCCGUCUUUCUGUUCGCACAAAAAUCGAGCGUUUUCCACGAAACUUAAAAUUCUUGAGUGUAAGACUGUUUAUUUCAUCUGCCAAGUUUAAGUAAAUGUGUUCGACUGUGAUCUGGGCUACAAGAUAGGUUUGAGAAACGACCAUGAAAACACAUUAACUUGGCCAACCAUGUCACGAAUCAAACACUAAUUGAAACAAUUUUGGAGGGCAGUUAUGCUAUUUCUUUGUCCAUAUGCUACGCUAUUUUGCUGGUCUUGGCGUGUUUUUUUUUCCGAAAACCAACCUAAAUAUAUAGAGGUUUUGAACUUUUCUUUCAUUCUGCCUUGGCAUCGAUUCGAUUCUCGGUCGACAAGUGUCGGCCAACUACAAAAAUAUGCAGCACGUGCAAAGACUUUUUGUUUUCUAAUUAGACCUGUUGUUUCUUUACUUUAACGAGAUUGCAAAUUAUUCAAAUUGCAGUUGAAAAUCAGUGUAAUUAAGAAGAAAGCACGUGGUAAUCCACUGCGCAUUCUAAAUCUCCCAUUCGAGCAUAGCCACAAUUCCUUGCGAGACUACUGCGCGUCCCAAAUCUUCCAUUUGCACUUAACCAAAAUUCCGUGCGAGUCCAUUGCGCAUCCUAAAUGUUUCAUUCGCACAUAACCACAAUUCCUUGCGUUUGACAAGAAAACGUGAUUCAAUGCCCCUAUAAUGUGAUUUUUUGCCGAUUAGAGAGCUGCCUCGUUCGCUCGCUUCAGGCUCGCUCACUGCGGCAGCAAUAACUAAAUUUUUUAAAUCUUUCUAUCAUAAAUCUUAAAAAUAUUUACAUUUAAAUGAGUAAAAGAUAAUUACAAAUAUAUAUAGAUAUAGAUAUACUAAGAUAACUGAAAUGAUUCCUUAAAUAAAAAUGUCUUAAUUAAAGUCUUAAAAGAUUCUAAGUCCGUUGCUUCGCGCGGACCUUGACAGCUUAUUCUAUAGGAGAGGAGUAUGUCACUACCUGGAAAGCUCUGUCUCACAUUGUUUUCUAACAAACGACCAUUGUCGUUGCGCCUCAAAUUGUAGGACGAAGGCUGUUGAAUACUAAUUAAAUCUGAAAGGUACUUAGGUUAAAGGCUAUGCAAAAUUUUAAAAGUUAUGAAGAGUAUCUUAUAAUGUAUCCUGGAGCGCACUGGUAACCAAUGAAACUCUGCGAGUAGAGGUGUUAUAUGACAGAACUUGCGCGCGCGAUAUAUAAGCCUUGCACCCGUAUUCAUAACACGUUGAAAUUUCCUAGUCUGAUAUUCCGGGAUUAAAAAAUAGUAUUCAUAACUAAAGCUCCUAGAUCUCGCGUCUAAUAGGGAAAAAAGGUACGUUAUUGAUAGCUGUUUUGCUAUCACUUUUGCAGACAGAAAUGUUGGUGCAAGGAGACUGGGUCGAGCUGGAAAGAUCAGAGGUUAAACUUGACGAUAUGUUAGGUGAGGGUGCCUUUGGUGAAGUUUGUAGGGGUGAGGUACAAAUUGAUGGAGAAAAGAGGCCAUGUGCAGUGAAGAAAGUUAAAGGUAAAAUCGUGUUCAUUGCAUUACUUGUCUCCUAGUGUUAAAUCCCAGACAUUUAAUAUAUUUAGUCCUCAAAAUAAAAGCAUCAUCAUCAUCUAUUCUAUAGCAAAGGUAACAGUUGGCCACAUAUUAUUACAAAUUUAUGAAAUUGUCAAUCUAUGCUGUAGGCAUGUCUUCCAACAUUUUCGUUCCUCAUACGUUUGUAAGAUUUUCGUCCUAGGUUGGAAUCCUUCUGUAAGCUCUGUAACACUAAUGUCUUAAGCGGUGACAAAUCUCCUUCUGUUCUCUACCGCAGAAAACGCAACAACGCAAGAAAAGCGGGACCUUUUGAAUGAGCUUAAAAUUAUGGUCACAGUUGGUGAACAUUCAAAUGUUGUAAGUCUCAUUGGGGCCUGUACAAGGAAUGGUGAGUAGUGGACAUUUCUAGUAGUCAUUUUAAAACUUGAUUUCAGUAGAGUAGAAUGGAUUUGAAUGAGAAUUUUUUUUACCUUUCGUAGUAUCUUCAAGGGUGAGGUUUACUUUGCAAGGCCAUUUAAACAGUUCUAAUAAUGUGUCCUCAACGCUGGGUGACAUGGGAAGGGAAUUUUAAGUAAAAAACAAACAAAUAAAAAAACAAAAUAACGACUUCGCAGUGUCUUCUGUCCAUCUAUGUUGGAUGAAGUUCGACCAGUUUGUUAGAUCUCAUUAACAGGCCUCAGUCACAAGGCUUUUGGUUUUCAAUGUAGAAGAGUUAUUUAAAGGGAAGGUCAGAGUUUCUAGGCUAUCACCAAACAAUGUAUUUAAAUGAAAUUAUUAUAUAAUCUUUUUUUUUUUCACCAGAGCCAAUAUUAGUGAUCGUCCGACUGGCAGAAAAUGGCUGCUUGUUGAGUCACCUUAGGAAAAAUCGAGAACGUCAAUACAUCAAUUUUAAAGCGGAGAGCGCCGUGCAUUUCACGCCCGUCGAUAAAAUCACGAUUGCUAGAGAUGUGGCCAAUGGAAUGUUACACCUGUCAAACAAAAAAGUAAAAAAAAAAUAUAUUUUUUUGUAUUUUACAUUUCCCUUAACGCCCAUUUUUAUGCAAACUCUACAUGGUUUCGCAUCCGUCAUCAUCAUCAUUAUCAUCAUCAUCAUUUAUAAUGGUCAUCAUUAGAUAAUAACAUUAGUCGGCCCCAUUUUCUAUAAGUUGUUUUAAGGCGGUGAUCAACACUUAGUCGCGACAUAAAAUAUAAACCUAUUUGAACUCGUUUUGUUUCAGUGUGUGCACCGUGACCUUGCGGCUCGGAACGUGUUGCUCGGCAAGAAUAACGUUGCUAUGGUUUCUGAUUUUGGUCUGUCGCGUGACGUGUAUGAAAGUGGCGAAUACGAAAACACAUCUGGGGUAGGAUUAAAUAACUAUUAUUAAUGGCGCUUAAAUCGAUUGCUAUCGUCUACCAGCUCCUUAGCUUCAUUCGUCUUUUACUUUCUGCUUCUUAUAUCUUUUACUUAAAGGGAAUGCUACCUGUUCGAUGGAUGGCGAUCGAGUCUCUAGAGGAUUACAUCUACACUACCCAGACUGACGUGUAAGUUAUCCUGCUUUUCAAUCUCACAGUCAUUAUUUAAAACUUCCUGGCAUCCGUCUGUCCAGGUGGAAAAUGGAAUCAGCGCCAUGGUUUAGUCAGUGGUUAAGUUGUAGUGCCUGCUGUGGCUGUUCAGCCCGAUUCCAGAUCGGCAGGCUGUGUUGCAGGUUAAUGUUCCGUGCUUGGCUCUGUGGGUAUUGAUGCUGCCCUGAGCCGUCUGCGCUCUCUCCUCUGUUGCCACUGCUCCCCUCUCCUCUCCUAACACGCCUGACUGUCUGGCUUGACAGCAAGCCUCCAGUGACUUCGAUCUGCAGCCACUGCUUUUCAAAAAGAAAGGUUGAUAUUGCCUGCCUUCAGAUAUCGUUGACAAACAUCUUUGAAACGAAGGGUAGGCCUUCCUGUAGGUCUAGUUCCAGUUGCAAGCUCACCUAGAGUAUGCUCUUAGGAAUUCUCCCGUCCCGUCCCUUCCCGUCCCAAUUAAGCCGUCUCUGACGAACGAGGUCAACAUACUAGGUACUCCCACCUGUGCUAGGUCAUCCUUGUUUGUGACUCGGUCUUGCCAGCUGAUGCUUAAAAUCCUUCUGAGGCAGUGCAGGGAGGGCGUUGAGUCUGCGUUCUUGGUGGCCGGAGUAGAGGGUGCAGGUCUCUCUACCGUAGGGCAGCUUGCUGAGCACGCAGGCCUGGUUUACCUUAAAAUGGUAGUGCUGCUGCUUUGCCAAUACGUUUGUAUUGUUCAGUGUUUAGGGAGAUCAGAGGCUAUUUGAACUUGAAAAUGCAACAAAUGUAAACUGCAUGCAUACCCAUUGCUCAAUGACAACUUUUGGCAUCUUUCCUGCAAAGUUCAUGUUUUGUCUUGUCUUGUAAUGUACAGUGUACAUCGGGUACGCAGGCUUUUUAAUUUCCGCGUAUGUAACCGCGUUUUGGUGUGCUAAUGUCAUGGAGUUGAAUGACCGCUCUCGAAGCUGUGCUUUCUACACGUAGAUUUCAAAUACUACAGGAACUUGCAGAAACGCGAAAUAAAAUAAUAAUUAAAAGGCAUUGAGUUAAUUUAGACAGAGGUUGUGUUUAGCCUUUGGACUUUUGUGUCUAAUUUCUGCGGGUCGUUUUGUUUCCUUUGCCACAUUUUUGCUCCUAUAAAUAUUAAUCCUCACCGUUUAAUUAUUUCACAGUAGAAAUAAGUCUUGAUUAAAGUUUAUGGACUGACCUGGAAUCCCGAGUUGCAGUGUCCAUAAAUAAUCUUAGUGAAUAUUACAUAUCCCAACCUCUCUGUACCAUAAUUUUCUGUCGGCGAUAAUCAGUAAUUCUGCCUCGUUAUGUCGGUAGUCAGUUAUGUAUUUUCCCGCUACUUGUCGUUAGUCGGUAAGACCCAUUCAGACCCUCCUUCAACGUUUACUUAGUAUACAGACUGAAAUUCUUCUGAUUUGGAAGUUUCGAAAAUAAUUUCAAAGAAUGUGUGUUAAUCUGUAUUACGUGACAAAUUUCGCAGCUAGUGGGCGCUCUUUUACAGAGCAAUAGACUUAUAUUUUAUAUUUUUCUUUCAUUUAUUGAUACCCUUGUACUUCCUUCAUUAUGACAAUUAAGUAUUAUGUACCAGUGAAUCCCCUUCAGAUUGCAGCGUAAAUCCCCCAAGUUCCCAGUGGUUACGGAAAAUGACUUAAGAUAUAUGUUACAGUGCAUAAAACAGACAACCAACUGAACAAAUUCAAGAGCCCAGAUUUCAAGUGACGGACAUGAUCGAAUGGGGAGAAAAAUCCAACCCCCCCAAGAAAAAAAUCCCUAGGGUUUCCAACAAAAUCCGAAAAAAUCCCUGGACCAAAAAAUGACAACACGUUGUACUUUAUUCGCAGAUCUACACGCCCGGGAUACGCAGGCACUACCACGAAACCUCAGAUUGUUUUGGAUACCAGAAAAAUCCCUACUUAAGUCAAGCGUCCCCCCCCCCCUCCCCCGACAAAGAAAAGUGCGCAACUUGCCUACCCCAAAAAAUCCCAAGAUCAAAAAUUUCAAACCAAUCCAGAUUCCUCGUUCAUCCCCGUCUCCUGAAGUCCGGAGUACCCCCUCCCUCUGGGACAGAAAUACACCCACCUGAAUACAAUAUUGUCUGUUACACAACGUGCUUUAUUUUCACAUAUUUUUUGUCCUCUCCAUAUAGCAGUAGUGUGUCGAGCUGUUCUUUGAAUUGCGCGCAAUAAAGAAGCUAUAGAACCAAGCAAAUAGCCCACCUUUAAUACAAUUUUAAAGUGUAAAAUCUCUGAAAGAAGUCUUGUCUUCUCUUUGGAGCGUUAUUAAAAGUUUUUUUAAAGGAUUCAUACUGGUGAAGAUGUGAGGGCCUGUCACCUCGUGCACUUUGGGCUCCGCAGCCUUGUACUGGCGGAGACAAGCGAAAACAUAAGAAGGGAAAUAUUGACCCCGGAACGAUAACAUUUACUCACUUUCUGAGUCCUUUUCCAGCCUAUUUAUGUAAGUCCUUUCUUAGGCCCUUGGGGGGGGGUUACAUUGACUGGUGCAUUAGUGACGUCCUUCUCACAGAGACGCAGCAGUACAUUUCAUCACGAGGUUUUGUCCAGCUAAACAUUUUUUAACGUGUAGUUUAUUAUUAUUGGAGCCUGUGGUUUCCUUAGAGUUUCUGCUUCUUUUGUAUACAUUCGGUGCAGUAUAGACAUGAAAACUUUGAAGUUAAUGUUUUUUUUAUUUUCUUUCUCUCUCUUCAGAUGGUCAUUUGGAGUUGUGCUGUGGGAAAUAGAGUCUGGAGGUAGAAAUAAGACUAAAUUCAACAAACAUUUUUUAGGAAAAACUGAUUACGGAUCUGUGCUUCCGCGCAAUUGAUCGACGUCCUUUGUUUUCCUACACAUAUCGGUUCCCAGAUCAACCUCUAGUCCAUUAUAGAUUUGAAAUUUAAGGCUACACGAUAACAGUUAUGAUAUGCAUGAUGAAAUUUUUACAAGGCGAAAGGUGAAAGGCACAAUUUUUGCUAAUGGUAGAAUAGGCCCUUUUAAAGUUAUAAAUGGAAACAGGCUAAAUUCGACCUUGUUUUCUUAUCGUAAAUACUCUAUUAAGCCCACCAGUCUCAAAUAGGCCCACUCCUUCUAAUAAGCACCCGCCUCCUAUUCAUUGGAAAACGUUAAUAAGCCCCUCUUCUCAAUUAAGCCCCCCUCCCCUCCCGUAAUUAUUCUUCACUAAUAAAUGAGAGACCGUAUUAAUAAAUUAUGACUGUAAAACUUCGUGUAGACUGAUCCGGGAUGGAUAAUUUACCAAUUAACUUUACGUUCGGAUUUGAUUCUGAUCCUCGGCUGAAUGACUUCCAACCUUCUUGUUCUUGAGCUUCUCCAUUUUGUAUUCUAGAUCUUUAUGGAGAACUGAUAACAUCGUAUUUUCUAAAUUAAAUAAGCCCCCUAUCAAAUACCCCCCCCCCGUCUCUAUUAACCACCCUAAAAUGGAUUUGGAAUAAAUAAGUCCCGGGGGGGAGGCUUAAUAGAGGAUUUAUGGUAUGUAGAUUAUGUUUCAUUUUCCAUAAAAAAAAAUAAAUAAAAAGAAAAAACGAAAAAACAAAGGUUUGUAUCAAAACAAAGUCAACCUAAGUCUCACAUUCACUCAAAGGCUAGGGUAUUAAUCCGAGAACUGUAAAAUGCCGGGACUAUAGUGAUUUUUCAACAUUAUUUCGUAUAACAAAAUAUUAAUUGUAAUAAUUUCUGGCCUCGUUAGCAUUUGCAAAAUUCAAAAUAAUUGUUACCUUCAAACGAGACCAGAAAGGCUCCUGAUACAUAUAAACGAAUAAAUAAAUUGGCGCCAGUGAUGAAAGAGGUCUAUUGCGAUUAUGACUAGUAUGCCAGUGAAUGUAAUUAUACUGUCUUACGAUAGUAAAAAAAAAGAGAAAAAAAAAUAAUAAUAAGAAGAAGAUAAAAACGAAUCACACUUCUAAUAUAUACUACCACAACAAAACUGUCCUUAAGUAACUAAAACGUUUAAAGUAAAUUCGUCUAUUCGGAUAACACAUUUCCAUUAAAAAAAAGACAUGUUUGAAAAGGAUUUGUUUCUAUGUGUUUCAGAUGUACAGUUGAAAUAAGUCUCAUCAUAGGCGCAAAUUAAAUUAACAACGCUGACUAUAACAUUAACAACACUGCCACUCACCAAGAUAAUGAAAAAGCGAAAAAAAGUAAAAUAAAAUAAGAAACUGACAUCACUUCAUAUCCGCUUUAAAAUUGCUCAUCUAAUGUGUCUUUGUUAUAUCUAAAAGAGCCGGGUUCUUGACCCUCUCAAGCACAUGUUUGCAGAUCUGAAAAUUUCAACACUAAAGCGUGUUCUUAACCAAGUCAUUGUGGAUGCAUAAUCUUCUCCAGUCUUAAGCGGGAGUUUGUUCCCUAGAUUUUUUUAGAAAAAGCUGGCUUUCAGUACCCAUACCACCAUUUUAUAACAACAACAACAACAACAACAAUAAUAAUAAUAAUAAUAAUAAUAAUAAUUAAUAAAUAAAGCCUAGGCAGUUGAAAUAAGUUGCCUGUGGGUGGAUAAUCGUGGAAAGAAGGAUGAGGACAAGACAGCCAAGUACGGUUAUCUUUCUGCAUUAUUGUAAUAAGUUUUUUUUUUUUUUAAUUUUGCCUUUGCAACAUUCCAUAACACAGUCCGUUUUUUAGGGUAAUUUAGUUCCUUGUAGGCCACACGCUGUGCACCCUACAUGAUUAACAAUUUGCAUUCUUACGUCUUAUACUGCAUAAUGACAUUAAUAACAAUAAUAAUAAUAAUAAUAAUAAUAAUAAUAAUAAUAAUAAUGAUGAUAAUGAUAAUGAUAAUGAUAAUUUUCUUUUAUGGCCUUCCCUGGAUAACAAUAAUUCAAAUAACAAUUGUCAGAACUAUGGCCAUUUUUUUUUUUCCAUUUGUUUUUGGUCUUUUUAUUUUUUCUGUUUUAGGAAGAAAGCCAUAUUCCGGUUUGGGAGGCAUAGAGAUUGUGGACUUUUUGAAGUCCGGAAAGAGGUUACAACAACCGGAUGGUUGCUCAGAUGAGAUGUAAGUUGGGUAGAGGUAUUUCCACCAAUCUCUAGUAAUCUAUUUAUCGUUACCUUAUUACAGGAAAUUAACGCUCCAUAAAAUUAAGGUAUUGUAAAUUAACGCAAAAUAAAUUAACGCGAACUUGGUGAAAAACGAAUUUCAAAUGAAGUAAAUUAACGGGGAAGUGAGGGUAACAUUUUUAAAUAAAAAGGACAUAAGCAAAGCGCUUUAAAAAAAUAAAACUUGAGACAACAAAAACAAAGUUAAACGUAUCAUCUGACAUCAAAACUUUUUUUUUCGUGGUGCUUUCCCUAAACGCACGAAGGGGGUCAAGCGAAAAAAUCUGGCCGCUUCAAGGGUUAAUUCUUCACAGUUUAGCUGGAUGGUGGAUCUCCACCCUAAUACCCUUUUUUUCAGUGUCAAGAAUGUCAGAUGUGUAUUCGUGUAUAUGUGUAUCAUUUACACUGUGGAGUCACCGGAUAAAGUGGGCGACUAAUUAAACACUCCUAUUGCUGAGUGCUUAGACUGACAUGCGCCUCUGAACUGAGUUUAAACAACCCACCCCAUGAGCCGUGGUUACAUGCAGCUGAUACCAGAUAGCUGCAAGCUGAGAGAGAUAAACUCAGAUUGUACUGGAGGCGCAGAAUACGAAUAGUGAUGAAUGGUGGACUGCUUUUAGGACUAUCCGUAACAAGAUUAAGGUUUAAGGUAGUUAUUGGUAAAGCAAAGAGGUCCUUUUUUUAUAAGGGUCUUCUCCUAAAAACGCCCUAAAGAGGUAUGCAAGGUCGCCCAUUGUGUGCUUAACCGUAGCACCAGUCCGCUAAGAGCCGAUCCGAUCAGCUCAAUAUGUACUCCAUCGCCACUAACGAAAGGACACUGGCUACCACCAUAACCACAGCACCCACAACGAUCAUUUAAGUUAUGUCACGUAAAUUUCUAGAAAAUACACUACCUCCGCGCAGACUGCUCAACCCGUAUCGAUCAAAUACCUGUUAAAUUUGUUAAGUCAGUAAUUAAGCAUAUUGCCGGUCCUCUCCCUCACAUUAUCGAUACCUGUAUCACCUCUUCGACGUUUCCUGGAGCAUGGAAAACUGCUCGGCCUUCACCCAUCCCAAAGACGGACCAGCGACAGAACGAGAAAGUUUACUUCCCAGUUUCCUGCUGGCUCUUACAAAAGCGUUUGAACGGUUAGUGCUAAAACAAUUAAUUUCCUACAUUGAUGAGUUUUAUUUAUUGGCACUAAGUAUAUCUGGUUUUCGCAAGGGCCACUCUUGAAUACAAAAACUGCGCUGCUAGGUAUUUGCGAUUAUCUCCUGCCAGCUAUGAAGAGGGGUGAAGUCAGCUUGAUGUUUUUUUUAAGCAGCAUAUUCUAAAGCAGUAUAAACAGUAUUAACCAAGGUUUACGCUUUAGGUUUUUUACUUGUCUUGAAUGCAAUGCUUGGACUACGGUUGAUUACCUCUCUGAUCGCUGCCAGUUCGUUGAAAUGGAUGACAAGACCUCGUCGAUCGAGACUGUACUGUUUGGUGUCCCACAGGGCUCAAUACUUGGACCUUUUAUGUUCAACCUAUAUAUGUCUGAUCUUCAAAAGCACAUUAAGUGUCCUUUCUACCAGUACGCAGACGAUACAACUUUCUUUGUUCACUCAAAGACUAAGGACGCAAUAUCUCGUCUGGUAGAUUCCUCAUCUGAAUCAAACCUCGCAUUGAAUGAAGCUAAAACAAAGUGGAUGCUUUUUUCCAUUCAUUAGAUGUCUCCAGCUCACGCGUUACAGGAUUAUUAUCCAGUUAUGAGCUGCAAUGGGAAGCUAAUAGAACGUGUCACCACAGCUUAGAUACUGCGGGGUAAACAUGAACGAACAUCUAACAUGGGUUGACCUCGUGACCUCACUUCUUUCAUCCUAACGCGACUUAGAUUAACGGGAAUUUUUGAAUUCACGUUAAUUUCAUGAAUCUUUGACAUUUGUCCACAAUAAAGUAAUUCGUCUUAUUAUUUUAAUGGCCAAAAGGUAGUGACUGGCGUUUAAAAGCGAUUAGUAGAAAGGAGAAAGAAAGUGAUUCGCAACUGAAAACUCUGACAAUAACUGGCUGUUUAUCAUAUUUUAUCAUGAUAUCAUUUAUUUAUAUAUCCAUUGUGUUUGGACAUGUCUUAGAACUGCCUUUUGGUCAAACUUAAUGAAACUUUGAUUUCUUUGUAGACAUCAGAUAAUGACCUCGUGCUGGAACUUAGAACCUUCAAAACGACCAACAUUUCAGGAUCUUGUGACGUCACUUGAGCAAGAGUUGGAACAGAAAGGAGCAAGUACUCAUACGUAG